UUGCAGAGCUGAAGAGAAUUGGUCGUUGUGUUUUUGUGCUACUUUGCAGUUCAGUGAAAUUGUGAAUUUUCCAAAGGAAAAAUCAACAUAAAAAUUCCAAUCAAAUUGUGAGUUAAGUAAUAAGAAAUCAUAGAAAACAAAGUUAAUACAGGCUUGUUAAAAUUUAUGACGCGCGCGUCUAGUUAUCGCGUUUACAAAGUGAAAAAAUUAUACACAAAUAAGCAAGUGAAAAUUUAUCACCACCCCCAGUGAAAUAUCGUGAAAAACUGUGCUGCAAGAACGGGCAUUACGCAUAGUGAAAAAUCUUUGCAAGCCAAAAAGGUAUAAAGCAGUAAAAACAGAAAAUUGCGUGAAUACAAAAAAUUAAUUGUAAUUAGUAUUUGUUGCACGCCAAACUCCAAACAUUUAGUAAUUUGUCUGCACUAUUUUAUUGGGCAACAGCAGUAAAAGCGUCAAGACGCCGCCAACAGCGCCAGCCUCACCCCCAGCGGAGCAUACGUGCGUGAUGCGUGACCUCGGCACCAAAAUGGCCGAGCUGAAAUUCGAAGCUCCUUUAGCUAAAUUCGAGGAGACAGAUGAAUGGGGCGGUUGUGACUUCAUUUCAAAUCAAAAUACGAUCAACGAUACGCUCAAUCUGAAUCUAAAAGAUCCAGCCAUGAAGCAGGAGACAAAGAUACGCCUACUCGAGGAGGCUGUACGCGAUGCGCACGUGAGCAAGAAUGGUGUGCUCAUGACGAAUGGCACAAAUUGUGGCGAAAAGUUUGGCGGUGGGGCAGUGAGCCCCAAUUGCAAUUCCUUGCUAGCGGCUGAACUUGGCUUGGAUGUGGGUUUGACGCCAGGCGACGAUGGCUGCGAUAAGGGUUCCACCACUGGUGAUACCGUGGAUAAUUUCGCCGAGACAUUUGGUGGUAGUCUUGAGGAUUUAGUGAAUACAUUUGAUGAAAAGAUCACUAAGUGUUUUGGAAAUUUCGAGGAAAAUGUCGAGGAUUUGGCACCAGUACAAGUGCGCAGCCAAGAGGAGAUUAUGAAUGAAUGCCAAAUGUGGUGGACCAUCACUGGCAAUUUUGGCAACAUUCUUCCCAUCGAUUGGUCGAAAUCAUUUACACGUCAAAUGCAUAUGCCCACAUUAAAUUUGGGCCAAAAUCAGCUUGGUGCUGGCAAUGGUAGCCUAGGCAAUACGCUUGAUGCCAACACACCCGGCGAUGAGUUGACCAGUGAGGACGAGGCUGUAGCCAAUGAUCUCGAUAUGCAUGCACUGAUAUUAAACGGGCUAAAUGCCGAGCAGGAGGCGCCGAUUAAAACGGUUGAAGAGGUAAUCAAGGAGAUUGAUGACAUCAUGGAUGAGGCUGAGAGUCCAUUGGAUGAGCCAGAAACAUGCGAAUCAGAGGUGAUAGAGAAGGCAAGAGAGGUGUUGGGCGCGCCACUAUAUGCGGAGAAAUUACAAUAUUUAUCGAUAACACAAUUGAAUGAGCUGUAUAUGGAAAUGGAAAUGCUCAUACAAGAACUCAGCGAAACUUUAAUCAACGAGUUGGCGCUACGCGAUGAGCUAGAAUAUGAGAAAGAGCUGAAAAAUUCCUUCAUUUCACUGCUUUUAGCGGUACAGAAUAAGCGACGACAGUAUCAUGUGGAGAAGAAGCGUGGAAAAUUACAAGGUCCGGAGCCAAAGUAUCUGACCACUGUCAUACCCUACCAUAUGGAGAAUGGCACACCAAAUAAUCAGUCCUUGCAAGUGCUGAUCAAAAUCCUUAAAGCCAUCAAUGAGGAUAGUCCAACGGUACCCGCGCUGCUCACGGACUACAUACUCAAAGUACUCUGCCCCACAUAAAUGACAUAAGUGCGCACUGCAUUAGAUGGUCGUCGAGUUGUUAGGUGUUUUAGUACAUAAUUGCAGUGAAUACAUUUAGAAGAAAAUUUCAAAAGUAAAGAAAAAGCAUACAAAAAAAUAAACUCCAUACGUUGGAAAAAGAGAAGUUAAUGUAAAUGAACAAUUUAUGUUUAGAAAAGUAUAUUUUUAAUUAAUACAUACUUUUUUCAUUUUUUAGUUAUAAUCUUAAGCAAAUGCGUUAAAGAAAUAACAAUUAAUGCAUAAAAUUAGCAGAUUUUAAUUAAAAAACUUAAAAAAAUGAGUAUAUACAUAUAUGUGUGUGUAUAGCAUGUAGAACAAUUAUUUUUUGCUGGCAUCAACGAGCGAAAAAAUAUAUCGAAGUGUAUGGCGAAUUUAGUGAUGUUAAGAGAAAAUAAUUUUACUUUGGAGUGCUGCAAAAAGCAGGUGGCAUGCGUUUUUAGCGGAAAUCGGGAAUUGAAAAAGAAAAAUGGACGUCGGGUUUCUACACGAAAACUGUCAGUAGAAGGCAAACACAUACUUAAGAAAAUGAAAUUCUUUGAAAGACAGCGAUUAUUUAGUAACAAAUUGAAACAAAAUAUUAACAUUCUCACAGUCCCCUACUUCUAAAACGUGAAUGGUGUUCCCUAGCAAGUUAAAAGUAAUAUAAAUAAUAAUUUGAUCUAAACUGCCCUAAAAAAGAAAAUAAAAAAUUGUUGUAAAUUUAUUGUAAAAACGUGGCUUUUUGGUGUUAGUACAUACCUUAUAUUGGAAAAAAUUUUAGUCGAAACACUAAAAAUAAAAUAAUUUAAUUCAAAUAUCAGUUAAAAUAUUCAAUCAAUGUGUUAUUUAUCCAAAAAUCGCAAUUUUUUUUAAAAUAUCAUUUGUAAAAAUUUAAAUCAAAGUUUAUCUAAAACAAAGCAGUGCAGAUUUGAUAAAUUUUAUUUGAAAACAAUAUUAAAUGGGAGUUAUGAUCCACAAAAAGAAUUUAAAGUGCCGAUAUGCUACACUUUCCUUGAAACAAUAAUUUUACAAAUAAACACAAUAAUUAUAGAUAUAAAAAAUUUAAUUUUACAAAAAGCUGGACAAUUUUGUUUAAAUAAAAUGUAUUAAAAAUUAUAUUUUACGAAAACAUCGCAGAUUUGGUCAAUUUUAUUUGUCCAUAAAUUUAAUAAAGGUUACAAUUUGUAAACAUAAUUGAAAAAUUUAAAAAACCUUGUAAAACUAAAUUUGCUAAAAUUAAAAAAAAAAAUUCGUUGGAAGGAAUAAUGAACAAAAAAAAAAAUUAAGAAAAAUGCGGAUUAGGUAUAUUUCGUUAAAACAAAAUGUGGAAACUAUGUUUAAAAAAAUGCUGAUUUGCUAAAUUUUAUUGGAAAAAUAAUUUAAAUCUAGAAGAAAUAAGUACCAAUCUAAAGCGAAAAACACCU